CUGAAUUUCUUCCAGGCAGCCAUGACUUCCAUCCCAGACCUGAUCAGGAAGAAGAGGGACGGAGGGCAGCUGAGUGAUGAAGAGAUCAAAGUCUUCAUCCAGGCUGUUACAGCUAAAACCAUGCAGGACAGUCAGAUUGGGGCCAUGCUGAUGGCCAUCUGGAUGAAGGGGAUGGACAGCGUGGAGAUCCAGAGCUUGACCAGGGAGAUGAUGCUUUCGGGGGAGGUGAUGUCCUGGCCGGAGGAGUGGAAAACGCUGAUAGUGGACAAACACUCCACCGGGGGGGUGGGGGACAAAGUCAGCCUGGUGCUGGCGCCCGCGCUGGCCGCCUGCGGCUGUAAGGUGCCCAUGAUCAGUGGGCGGGGCCUGGCUCACACAGGAGGGACUCUGGAUAAACUGGAAUCUAUUCCAGGAUUCAGCAUCCUGCAGCCAGCAGCACAGAUCCUGGAGGUCCUGGGCUCGGUGGGCUGCGUCAUCGUGGGUCAGACUGAGACGCUGGUCCCAGCAGACCGAGUCCUGUACGCCCUGCGGGACGCCACCAGCACCGUGGACAGCCCCCCCCUCAUCGCAGGCUCCAUCAUCUCUAAGAAAGGGGCGGAGUCUCUGUCCGCUCUGGUGCUGGAUGUCAAAUUUGGACGGGCUGCUCUGUACAAAGACCUCCAGAGUGCGGAGGAACUGGCAAAGCUGUUGGUAAGUUGA